UAGGCGGACCUUGUAAAUUCAGGUGUUGAUAUUUUCUUGUGUAGAAGCUCUUUAGCGAAAUAACUAAUUAUUUCAAUGUAACUUUCGUAUGGUAGUGUGUGAAAUACAGUUAAUUAUUGAAACAAAUUAUAUUUGUAUAGUUUGUUGCUAGACUUUUUUGUUUCCCGAAAUCCACGUGUCUCACCACAAAACAAUAUUUGGUCUCAUUGUGCAGUAGGACAUGGAUAGGAACAACAUUUCCUUGCUCUGCUAUGUUGCAACGUGUACACCCGGGGCGUCGUCAUUACGCCGUUUCUGUUGUAAAACGUUUCUUAAACAGAAUGAAACGAGGCGGGACCAACCUUAAUUUGUCCAAUAGAAACUCUCGUUUUAGUUGCUAAACGUUCUGCAACUGUUUGGACUAAUGAUUACACCCCUGCUAGGUAGCUAUUAGCGAGCAGCAAUGUUGCUCUGUUAUUAGCCAGCGUCAAGCCAAAGCUUUGCCAAUGUAAUAAGAACAUUGGCACGGCAUUUCACUUUCAGUAACCAAAGGCGUAAUGUGAUAUUUCGAGGAAGAAUAUGACAAGAACACCAGUUGGACAGCCAAAUAAUCCGACUGCAAAGGAGAGAGCCAGGAAUAAUGAAGAGGUUCUAUUGUAGAAUCACGACGACAUUCUCUGUUUCAUGAGGAGCUACUGUCAGAAUCUGGGGAAUAGCAUAACUGGAUUUUUAUGUGAAAUCUUGAAGCUGUUGUCAUUUGCAACCUCGAAAAUGAUGUAUUCAUCAAGAAGGAAACCAGUCCUCUAUUUCAAAGAAGACCGAAGAUUCUGGUCUGGGAAAUGCACAGUCUACAAACUAUUUGGUCUGUGUGUGGUGCUGGUACUGGUCUCCCUCCUAUGGCUCCAAUUCAGCUGUACAGGAGACAUGAGCCGGGUUGUAGUGGAUGACGGACGCAUCCCCCAUCAGCCUUGUCCGCUGGAGAGACAGGCAUCCGCUGCGGACGACCCUUCCUGGGGUCCUCACAAGCUGGCCCUCCUGAUACCUUUCAGGGAGAGGUUUGAGGAGCUGCUGGUGUUUGUCCCCUUCAUGCACACCUUCUUGAACAACAAGAAAAUAUUGCAUACGAUCUUUGUAAUUAACCAGAUGGAUCACUAUCGGUUCAACAGAGCCUCUCUCAUUAACGUUGGUUACACGGAGAGUGGUAACGACACUGAUUACAUCGCCAUGCAUGAUGUGGACUUGUUACCUCUGAAUGAAGCUCUGGACUAUGGUUUCCCAGAGGAGGGCCCGUUCCACGUGGCCUCACCAGAGCUGCACCCGCUGUAUCACUACAAGACAUACGUGGGAGGAAUACUGCUGCUCACCAAACAGCAUUAUCACAUGUGCAACGGCAUGUCCAACCGGUUCUGGGGAUGGGGGAGAGAAGACGAUGAAUUCUACAGGAGACUAAGAACUGCUGGAUUACAGCUCUUCAGGCCCAGUGGGAUAAAAACAGGGUAUAAAACCUUUCGCCAUAUCCAUGACCCUGCCUGGAGGAAGAGAGACCAGAAGAGAAUGGCUGCACAGAAACAGGAACAAUUCAAGGUUGACCCUGAGGGCGGGUUGACUAACUUGCAGUACAAGGUGGAGUCGAGACAGGAGCUGACUAUUAGUGGAGCCCCUGUCACUGUCCUCAACAUCAAACUGGAGUGUGACACAGACAAGACUCCCUGGUGUCUGCUGAACUAAUAUGACCCCAAUGAUAGACCCAUGCUGCCUCUCACCUGGGUUAUGUUCAUUAUCCACCAAACGGAAUAAAACAGACUAAAACAGGGAGGGACUACCUGAGCUUCUCCAAUAAGAAACACUUGUUUUUGUGUGCCCUAAUGAAUGUGACCCUGGUGCUACAGAGGAGUGAUGUUACCCCUACUUGAAAUGUCUGGAAGACAUGGAUAAAAAAAAAACAUGUAGAUUAUUAUUUUAUUUUUUUCUCAAAAAAACGCAUCAGAAGACAUGGCCGACCCAGAGAAGAGGCUUUGGCCUUUGACCCCAGCAACGCCUUCCCUCAUUGGAGAGAUGGAAUGUAUUUAUAUUGAACUAGCUAUAUGAUGUCAUCCUUUAGAACUGUAUGUCUAACUUGCAUUCAGAACUGUGAGUGACUGGAUCUGCGAGUGACUGGAUCUGUGAGUGACUGGAUCUGUGAGUGACUGGAUCUGUGAGUGACUGGAUCUGUGAGUGACUGGAUCUGUGAGUGACUGGAUCUGCGAGUGACUGGAUCCGCGAGUGACUGGAUCCGCGAGUGACUGGAUCCGCGAGUGACUGGAUCCGCGAGUGACUGGAUCCGCGAGUGACUGGAUCCGCGAGUGACUGGAUCCGCGAGUGACUGGAUCCGCGAGUGACUGGAUCCGCGAGUGACUGGAUCCGCGAGUGACUGGAUCCGCGUGUGACUGGAUCCGCGUGUGACUGGAUCCGCGUGUGACUGGAUCCGCGUGUGACUGGAUCCGCGUGUGACUGGAUCCGCGAGUGACUGGAUCCGUGAGUGACUGGAUCCGCGAGUGACUGGAUGCAGGCCUAACUUCAGAGGCUUUGAACUACAGACAAGUUGCCAAUAUUGACGAUACAUGAAAGGAAAGGUGUACUGAAAUAAUAAGCAAUGGCCUUUGUAUCUA